AUGUGUGACACAGAUUCGUCGGAUGGUAUUUUCUUCCAAGUACAAGAACUUGGCAGGGCAACAGUAUCUUUUCCAAAUGACGCCGACUCACGAGUACUGAAUUUAGCCAAUACAGAACUGGCCGAUUCACCUGAUUCGGUUCAUAUUUUCUGGUCUUAUCCAGCUGGAGUCAUGACAUUGAUCAUUGAAACACCAUAUACAAAGCAAUAUCAACCAUAUACCAUUUCUCUCGAUACCGAACACAUGCGACCAUCUGUUGAACAUAUUUAUCGACUGUUAGACGGUCGAAAAAUAGAAAUUCCGAUCAACAAUGCAAAAAGUAUUCAAAAAUCGGACUCUAAUUAUCAAGUCAUUCUCGAAUUCCAUGGUCCACCACAAAUGAAAACCUAUGGAGUUAACAUCAAUUAUGAUAUCUCUCCAAAUUAA